CUAUUAACGUACAUCAGGCUGAAAGUGCGUCAGGGUUUGUUGACAACUGGCAAGCGGGGAAGACCCUUGCUGAAUGCAAUCUACGCAUGUUGGAUGCGGAAGAGCUUUGUGACGUCAAAUUUCGAGUUGGAAGUACGAGUCACGUGAUCAAGGCCCAUCGCUACGUGCUCAUCAGCAGAAGUUGUGUGUUCCACGCCAUGUUUACCGGCCCCCUGGAGGAGACGUCGGAAGUCAGUGUUCCGGAAAUAGAGCACAAGGAAUUAAGACAGUUUCUCUUAUUCCUAUACACUGACGACACUACUGUUGAUGCUGACAACGUAACAGCUCUAUUGUACGUCUCUAGGAAAUAUGCUAUCACCGCCUUAGAAUCCAUGUGUCUGGAGUUCCUGGAGAAACACCUCAACGUUAACAACGUUUUUGUGAUCCUACAUGCGGUGUAUCAUAUGGAUGAAAGCAAGUUGUUUCAAACGGCUUUGACCUUUAUUAAAGAAAGAGGCGAGACUUCACUGCAGUCAUCUGGUUUCCUGACACUGAGCCAAGUAUUGGUGAAUCAGAUCGUGGAGUCAAAUGACCUGGCAGCCGAGGAGCACGUCAUCUUUAACGCCGUCAACAGCUAGGCAGAGGCAGAGUGUGGACGCAAGGGAAGAGAGGUAACACCUGAAACCAAACGAACAAUUCUUGGAGAGAUUUUACUAAAAGUUAGAUUUCCCCUUUUGAAGCAAAGAUUCAUGGCUAGCGACGUUAAACCUAGCGGUCUCUUGACUGAACAGGAGCGUCUCAUGAUCCUGGAAUAUACUGGAUGCCCUGAUAAUGACGUGAAACCCUUCAACACAGAGCAAAGACAACAAAGAACCCCGCAUUCCAUAACAAGGUUUCCAACAGAAUAUACAACUGGCUGGGGUGUUAAUGGUUUUAAGAAAGAUGCCAUUUGCUUCCGAAGUAGCCGGAACCUACUGCUCUAUGGAUACAGACUAUAUGGGCCUUUAAGUAAGUCUACACAAUCUACCUACUCUAUCACCACCUACUUUGGGAACGAGGAAGAUGUUCUCCAGUGCAGGAUUCAAGGUAAAACUGAGUACAAAGUCAACAGUAAAGUGUUUGAUGUGGUGUUUGAGAAGCCUGCUGCUAUGACAGCGGGAGUGUGGUAUACCUUAGCAGUGCUGAUACAAGGCAGUGAUACGUGGAGAGGACAAAAUGGAAAGAAAGAGUUGCUUUGUUCUGACGGUGUUCGUUUUACCUUCGGGAACUCCAAAUACAGCGGAAAUGGCACUAGACUGCACAGAGGGCAGAUUCCAUCUCUUAUAUAUCAUAUUGCAUGAACAUGAACAUUCCUUUUAGAAAUAGAUCGUACAGUUCUUCAAAUGUGUUGCUUUCAUACAAGUGAUUCAGUACAAAGCCAUCAGUAUGUCUGGGUAUUUUUGUACUUGUAAACCAUUUAUACAUGCAAUAACAUGUGUAUAGAUUCACAAAUGGAGUGUUAUCGGAUAUACAGCUUGGAUCUGGAGGGGUUGUACCCGAUAAGAAACUACUCAAAAAAUCUUUAAUACCAUCUCUGCCAUCAUAAUGCAUCCUGUGUCAUCACAUCUUUCCGAGGAAAGCGUGUCCACUAGCAUGUAUUAAAGUCUUGUUUCUACUUUCAUAAAUUGGCAAGUGGACGCUCUGGCUUCGGGAAGAUGAUGUCACCACGGCACCGCAGUCCAUGGUCUCAAAUAUGUGAGUUGAAGUUUAACAUCACAUUAUGUCUUAAACAUGAAGCUACCAUGCUCGUGUCUUCUAUGCCACCCUUGUUUAAUCUCUGCAGCCAUGAUGUCCAUUAUGUUAUCCUGUUUUGUUUGUGAAUCUGUGUGAAGUAACCUUGAUGCAUUAGAUAACAUAUUGCUGGAAUUCCUGAAAACGGGUUUAGAUACACAAAACUGUUCUCUGGACAUGAAGGAAAAACCUUUUGGCUUCUUCUUUCAGAGAGAAAAAAAAGUUGUCUCUGACAAUAAUCCCAACUUGAAUCCCAGGCUCUCCAUUAUUAUGACCCUACGUCUGUCAGCACCAUACCCGUGCACCAAGUUAACACCUCGACGACCAGCAUCAUGUUGACUCAUGGGCUUACAUAUAUAUUUAAUUGUCUACCGCUGAAUCUAAAACGGUUUAGGUACUAAUUUGGUUAUGUUUUAUAACUAGAUUUGGCAUUGUAGUUACUCCUAGUGUGUCAGCUUUUUAUGCUAUUUUACAUUUGUAUAGAACGCAUUUCAUUAGUAUUUAUCAAUAUGUCCUCGCACAUUGUUAUUUAAACUGCUGCUCGUCCCUAUUCUUUGAGAAACGGCAGUAAAAUCUGACUUCCCUUGGACUUCUUCACGCUCUUCUACAUGUUACACACAUAAACUCUUUGUAUGAACUCA